AUUAUUGGAAUAAAAAUGGAUCUUGCAGGGUUUUUAACAGGGAAGAAGAAGGAACAGAGUAGUCAGCUGAUUAAGUCUCUGAGGAAUGCGUUUGGAGCGAAUACGGAUAUUUUCUUAAAUGAGGAAGUCGCAAAACAGAAUAAUAUUCCAUCAGUAAUUCACUCUCAAAAGAAAAAGGCAAGAAAUCAUCCACAUCAAAGCUUUCACGAAGAGAAAAAGUCAGUUCCCUUUCCAAAACAUGAAAAUAAGCACAAUAAACGUAAGAAUAAUAAUCAAAACCAGAAGAAAAGCACUCCACAUCAAAAUACUACGGCUCUAACCCAACAAGUGAACACUCUCACCCAAAAAUAACGAAUCUUUGAGCAAAAAGAACUCAGCCCUCAACAGCACAAUCAACACCCUCCAAAACAAACUCAAAACCCAACAAUCCCACAUCGAAUCGCUCACUAUACAAUACUCUGAGUCCGCCAGUCUCAUCCAAGCCCACAAGAACACGAUCUCCCAGCUAAAAUCCCAACCCAAAAGAGACGACUCUGGCCCUCUCCGUGCCUCCAUUCAGAAGCUCAAUACCACGAUUAACGGUUUGAAUGUGAAGAUAAAGAAUCAAAGUAUAACUUUGGCAAAUCAAGUUAAUGCAAUCAAGAUGCAUAAGGAUACUAUUGAAAAAUUGCAGAGAGAGAAGAAUUUGAGCAAGGCGCAGAUGAUCAAUGCACAGGAUAACUUAAAGAAGAUAGAAAAUCAAAGAAAGGAAAUCAAUUUACUAAGGCUAGCUAUCAGAGAAAAAGAGAUGGAGAAAAUUAACAAUCCACCAGUUGAUCCAAAAAUUAUGAUUAAGCUUCAAGAAAGCGAGAAUCAAGUAUUGGAACUAAACAAUGCGCUAUCUCAGGCCUUGGAUGAAAAUAAAGCUCUUAACAGUCUUACAAAUGGAGAUGAUGGUCAAGAGGUAUCAAAUCUCAAAUCUCUUAUUCGAAAAUUAGAGUUAAAAAUCUCAACUUUAGAGAAGCUUAGUUGUGUAAAAAUGACUCCUACUCUCCAAGAAGGGCCAUCUCAUGAUGACUUAGCUGCACAGGUGGUAAAAAUAAUGUCUCAACUAGAAUGUCCAAUAUCUCUAGAAGAAAUAAAGUCUCCUGUAAUCUGCCCAUCAGGUCACACCAUCGACCAUAAAACGUAUAAAGAAUUAUUCAAAAAUAAUAUGAACGAUCCCUUUUCAGGAGAAAAGUUAAACAAAAAGGCAAUCGUUAACAGAUUCAUGGUCGCAGUCAAGGAGAUCCUACAAUCAGAAAACGCCCAAAAUCAUGAAGAAGAGAAGGAAGAUACGAAGAAAUCUGAAUAA